AUACAAGAAGGCAAGCGUUAGGAAGUUCUAAUCUACAAGGCAAAAAACCAAAGCUGAAUAACAUAUAUAAACUCACUAUGAUUGGUGCAGCUCAUCGAAGACUCCUUUCACUAUCUACAAGGACGCUACACCGGGGAGUUAAGCAGAGCCAUACAAGUCAAAACGAGAGUUUGGUUCUUGGCUCAUGCUCGGAGGCAGAGCAGAGGAAUAAAGAAAACAAUUCUUUACCUGGAAAAUGGACAAACAUUCAAGGUUCCUCAGAAACCCACUGUGACAACUGCUGCAGCCUCUACAUCUCUUUGUCGAUGAAGAAGAGUGUACAGAGUAAGGAGAAUGAGAAGAAGAAGAGUGAAACCAUCUCAUCAUCAUCAUCAAACGUUCGGCCCCUUAAUGAUGGCCGUGAGAUAAAGAAGUAUAAAAAGCCUUCU